AUGAGUGCCGAAGAACCGAAAGAGCCGCAAGCGGCGAAAGAAGAGCUCGAAGAGCAGGACGAACAAGGUAGGCACGUUUUACGAACGCUUAUUGGGUAGAUUUUAUGGUUUUGCACGUGACACAUUUUCCCCCAAUUGGGUGCCGAUUUUCUGGUUGGCGGGGGCCAUUUUCUAUGCAAUCAACGCACUCUCAACGGACGAUAUAUUUAGUCGUGAAGACUGAGCCAGCGGGACCGAAAGAGGCGAUUCUGCAGGAAGAUUCGCAGGAAUUGAGCAUCAUGUCGGACGGAGAAGAGCAGCAGCACAAAAAAGAGCUCGGCGAGCAGAAAUUGGAGCCGAUGGAGCCGAAAUUGAACGAAGAGGAGAAGGCGAUCCAAUCGCCGCAAGGAGAGGAUGAGUUUGAGGAGGAUUCGGAAGAGGAAGAAGAAGGAAAAGACGAGAAAAAGGAGGAGGAGAAAGAAGAAGAGGAAGAGAUGCCGAUCGGCCACGCAUUCCAACCGGACGACGAGAUCUUCUUGGACUACGAGGAACUGCUCGAGGAUCCGCUCGACGAGGAGGAGGAGCCCAUCGAAGAAGAGGAGAAAAUUCCGAGUGCAACUGCCACGACGGCCACCACCGAAGCCACGUCAUCUGCGUCGUCGUCGCUGAUCACUUGGGCGGCGGCCGACUCGAGCACGAUUCUCUUCACGGACGACUCGAAGAAGACGUCGAUUUGGAUUCGUGGAAUGUCGCCGAACACGAAGGCGUCGAGUGUGAAGGUAAUUGUGAACGCCGACGACCAUUCUUUUGAGGGAAAACGGGAGAAAACGCGUUCUUUAUUCGUAGCUGGAUCGCUAUGAACGUUAGGGCGCUGAAGACGUGGAAUGUUCCGAGUGGGACUAUCGGAAGACAUUGUUAGGCCGCUCUGAAUGUUUGGAAAAUCGAAUGUCUGCGGAAAAUUGACGACAUCAAGAUAUUUCAGCUGAAAAUCUCUCGAGACUAACAAUUUCAUCGUUCAAAUUCCAAAAAAAAAAACGUGUAUGUGUUUGGGAAACAAGGAAUUAGGUCGCUUUUCAAAACCUCCCGGCACGCCUUUUCCACAAAUUUCCGCUUUCCUCCUGAUUUUGAGGAAUUUUGCCCUGGAAUCGUACCACCGAUUCGACACUUUCUAGCCUUUUUCCCAUUUUCAGCAGCUUGCUAGCGAGUUCGGAAAAGUGGUGCAGGCGAAGAUCUUCAAUUCGAAGCCGAUCAAUGGCGAAAUCAAGAAUUGCUUUGCGUUCAUUUCGUUCGCGGAGCCCGAAGCAAUGGAGCUCGCCGUGACGGGCCUCCAUCGCAAAGAUUACGAUGGACGAAUGCUUCGUGUGGAAAAGGUAUGGAAAAUUAAAAAAUGUUCUUUAAAAAAAAGCCUGAAGUUUUGGUCAAAAUUGGACAAUUUCUUGUUGAUUUUCGCCGACAAUUGUGCAAUUUGCAGGUAUCCGAAUCGUCGCUGACCGAAUCCGCCGAAAAAUUGGCCCAGGAGAAGCGAGAGCACGAGGAGAGAAAACGAGAGGCGGAGAAGAAGAAGAAGGAGAAGGAAAAGGAGCAAUUGCAGAAGAAACGGGCGAUUAUUAAAGCGCCGGAAGAGCCGAAACAGCAGCAGCGUCAAGUGAUUCAGGCGCCGGAACAGCACGAAGAACGACGCCCUCGCAAAACCACCACCACCAACAAUCGGGCGGUGAUUCAGGCGCCGGAGCGGGACGAGCGACGGGACCGCGAGAGUGAGCGCAGGGACCGCAAACCGAUAGUCUACCAGACGGGCCGCACCGGUUCGUCGUCUUCGCGCGCCGCCACGGAAAGCUAUGCGGAACCGGCGGUCGACUCGAGACGGACCAUCGCAGCCGCGGCGACGCAUCCACGGAACUCGCGAGUACGGUCCCCACCGGCUAGGACUUCGCGUGGCGGGCGGGACUCGCUCAUAAUAUCGGCGAGAGUCGACACGAGGUAGACACGAACAGUAAUUGAACACAAUUUUUGUGGGAAAAUUGUUAAAUUUUUGAUAAUUGGCACUUUACCGGGGCUUGAAGUGAAGUACCGAUGUAUUGUUCACAUUUUGAGCCGAAAACUGAGCAUUCAAAACUCUCCGAAACGUGUGUUUUUUAGAAACAUGUGAAAACUUGCGUGUUUCCAUUAAUUUCGAGUACAAGCUGUGUUUGAAAGUAGGGAUAGAAAAAGAUAUUUUUAAAAAGAUGAAAAUCAUGUAGACCCCCGAUUAUUAUCUGUUUCAGCGGUUGCAGAGGAAUCCAGCGAUCUGUGGAACGUGGCAUUCCGAGCAGCAUCACCACUUCGCAACUUCGCCGAAAUCCGGUACACGUGGCACCGCCGCCGCCCACGCAUCAUCACCACCAUUAUCAGAAUCAACAAUAUCAGCAUCGCUCGAACAAUACGAACAACAAUAGCUACCACCAUAAUCCACGUCAGCAGCACCAGCAGUACCCGCGCGAUCGCUCGGAUUAUUCGCAUCGGUCGGCGUCGCGUGACGAAGUGCGUGGGCGUCGGGAGCCGAUUCCGGUGCCGUCGUCGCGUCGAGUUCCGAAUCAGGAGGUGGUGUCUAGAGGAGGCCGCGGAGACGAUCAUCGGAAGAGCCGCGAGCAGGAGAUGCUCGAAAUGCUGCGCCGCAAAGAGGAGGAGCACCGCCUACGCGAGGAACGGCUCGAGAUGGAGCGCGAGCGGGAGAAGAUCCGCUUCGAAGCGGAGAAGGUGGAAAGGGCCAAACUGGAAAUUGAGCUGUCGAAACAGAAACUGGCUCUGCAGCAGGCGGCGUUCGCUGCAGAGAACGGCAUCAAAUACCGUGGAACGGAUCGGAGAACGACGACGACGGCGCGGGCGGAGAAUGGGGGCGCGGCGACGAGACGUCGACCCGCCGCGGAGCCGCUCAUCCUUUCGCCGCCGAGAGCCACGAAAGUGCACGUGGACGAUCGGAGAACCUAUCGGAAGGACUCGUCUUUGGGUGAGAAGCGGCGAAAGUUUGAAAAGGCGAUGCCAACGGGCGUAGAUGAUUUAGGACGUCAUCAGCAGCAGCAGAUUCCAUCGGCACGCCACGUGGCAACCGCCUACGGCAUCCAAUCGGCCAAUCAUCAGAUGAGCGCUUCUUCGGGAAAAGUCUAUGAGCAACGGAGCGGCAACUACUCGCGCGGUGGCAACGGAACCACGUACGAGACGGCCUCGACGAUCGGAGGGUACCAGAGCUAUCCGGCUCCGGCGUCCGCCCUCAGAUUCCAGGAUAAUGGUUAGUUUUUGAGCGAAAUAGCUUUUUGUUUGAUACAUUUUUCAAUCUCAAAAUAUUGUAGCGUUCCAAAGCCAAGUGUGGGGCGGUCUCGACGCGAACGGCCAGAUCACAAUGGACACAAACUGGACGGGAACGGGCGGCGGCGGCGGCGGCGGCGGCGCGGCGGCUUCCGCUUCCGCAUCUUCCGCGUCGGACGUGCGCGGAACAUCUUCGUCCUCCUCUUCGGCUAACUGGCAACAGCCGCAGCAGUACACGUCCUCGUCGGGAGGAUCCGGAUCGAACCGGCACCAUCGCGACUACAAUAGCUACAAUAGCCGCUCGAAUUACUAG